AGAAGACUCGUGUAACAACUCAUUCUAAAUUCUUCCUCAAAAGGCGCUAAUCAGUGUCUGUGUAUUAUGUGGUAGCUAGGCGCGGCUGCAGACAUCCAGUUGUGCCCACAGCCCCACCACAUUGAUACACAGCUCUCACAGAGGAUCAAGCAAGGUUAGUAGACACUCAGUGCAAGAAGUUCUCGCCAGAAUCUUUAAGAUGGCUGAACAAGAGUUGCUAGUGAGGAGUGCCAACGAUAUCACGGAGACGUGGGUGCUGAAUCUUCUUCAGUACCACCACCACCAUAACCUCUCUGGAAUAGGAGGUACAGUGAGACUGAGAAAGUGGUGUCUACAAGAUUUAAAAUCCAAAGAAACCCUUGGGGGUGGCUGCAGCUCGAGGGUGAUAGUCAAGGUUGAGUACGAGGUAAUGGGCGACGUGGAGCAUCCAGCAACGACAGAGGAACAGCUGAAGGAAGAGACUUUUGUGGUGAAGACUGUCCCCUCACAGGGAGUCAUGGUGGAUAUGUUAACGUCUGAAGGGCUGCACCACAGCGAAGUGAACCAGUACGGGAAGUUCCUGCGGGUGCUGGUGACAUGGGAGGCGGAGCGGCGGGGCGUGGACGUGGGUAUGAUGGCAGAGAUAGUACCCUCACACGUCUUGGCAGUCAGCGACGACCAUUAUUUCACUCUCGUUCUACCAGACCUCACACAACUUGGCUAUCAGACGAGGCUACUGGAAGAGGGUCUGUCAGGGCCAGAAGUUAUGGUGACGGCACGAGCACUAGGCAGGUUCCAUGGGACAGCAGUUGCAUUCAAGAUGGUUACGAAGACCAACCUGCAAGACUCGUUCCCCACCUGCUUUCAUGUAGCUCACGACCAAAGUGAGCUCUUCACAUUCUUCCAUAAAGCAGGAUUCGAACGCCUGCACCAAGAGUGGGAAGGGCUGCCUGAGCGAGCAGCCCUCCUAUCCCUGCUGAAGCCCUACGAGACUCACGCCACAACCUUCGUCGUGCACAACCUCCUCCCCAGAGAACCCUUCGCCACUGCCAUUCAUGGAGACCCCCAGCCAACCAACAUCUUAUUCAAGUACACUGCUGACGGAGACUGUACCAUAAAGCUGAUCGACUGGGCACAGGCGAGGUACAGCAAAGGAACCUAUGACCUCGUUUACAUGCUAAGUAUCGGCGUGGAGCCUGAGGUGCGCCGACAAGUAUCGUCGCAGGCCAAGGAAGAAUACUUCAAGGCGUUCAACGAUACCCUGAAAGACCUCGACGCUGGCCUUGCUUACCCGAGGAAUGUGUUUGACGAAGACAUGAUGCUAAGCGAGCAGCUGAGUGUAGUAUGGUGCGUGUCUAGCAUCAACCUACUCUACUCCAGUACUAGGCUUCAGAGAAGACUCUACUGCAUCCUUAACGACAUCCUCUACAGCCCUAGCAUCAAGCCUCUGCAUUACUUUCUCCCCGAAUCCAGCUCUUCAUCUUCCUCUUGAAUGAAAGGCUCCACCUCUACACCAAAUUUUUUACCUUCGUUUCUUCAAAAAGCAAACUCCCCCAGGUAUUGCACAACUAAUAGUUUGUAUGUGGAAGACUCGAAAUAUGAGUACUUUAAAGUUUUACGAAAAUUAUCAACUGUUUUAACAUACUAGUGUGAUUAUGAAGUUUCUUAAACAACAAACGGGCAAAAGUUAAUUUUUUCAAUUUUUUCUUAACUGUUUUUACUUGAUCUGAAUCUUUUAUAUUUUCUGAGCAGUGCUUGGUUACUAGUAGCAGCUCUGCUUUCCAUCUUCCCUUGCACACAUUUAUAUAUAAAUUUCAUAGGUCAGUUUAGAUUUAUUGAAUUUUACUUGAAAAAAAAAAGUUAAAUCUCCACAAGUUUAUGGCACACAUUAAGAGUUGUUAUGUUAUAAAUUACAUGAACUACAUGGAAUUUUAUAUGCAUAAAACUAAGGGUAUAUGUAAAAAAAUGAAAGCAUAUUCAGAUUUUAAUUUCAGGCCUUAAGGCACACAAUCACAGAAACGAAAGUAAAGUCAAAAUUAGGAUAUUACCGUCAGCUGCAACUCUGCUUAGAGGUACUGUGCACAACCCUGGCCAUAUUGUCAGACAAAUGUCUAAUACUCGCUCGCCCUUAUAAAGUCAUAAAACUACCACCUCCUAAUUACUCAAUGCUGGUUUUGACAUUUGCUUGAUCUAUAGGAAAGACUAAGGUCCUCUCUUACUACUGCUUGUUCUGCCCUACCCAAGUUCCACUGUCAAAUAUUUGAAUAAUUGACAUACGCAGUGUAGAUCAGAAACCAUCCUUAUAUUUACAUAACCUUGGUAUGCCAUGCAAAAGUUUACUGGAAUUUAAUUAAAUUUAGUAUUUAAACUAAAUGAUAGCUUCAACUUAAAUUCUUAGGCCACUGGGUAAUCUGUUCGGCUUAGUGCUUACUUUAAUACUUCAGCAUAUUAUAAAUAAAAUAUUUAGUGUCAGGGGUAAAAUCAUUUAGCGUAACUUAUAAAAAUUAUAUAUUAACCUGGACACCCACUAUUAACCUCUAAUAAUUAUUACAUGUUUAAAACAUUACCAUAUUUUAUCGCUCAUUUACUCUAUUUAAAUGCUUGAUCAUAUAACUGUUUAGUAGAUUUACAAAAUGGAGCAUAUUUAGACAACUCUGUUAACAGUUUAUUAUAUAUGUAAAUAUAUUUAUAAUUGUACAUUCCCCAGUCAGAGCCCCAAUAAUUAAGUGCCUAGCAGAAGCUAGGUUUUAGUUCCCAUGCCCAGGAAAAUCAGGCUCUUGAUAGGUUUUCAUCUAAUCCCGCCACACGCAUUGAAUUUCUGGCUGUGGGACGAGAGUACUGUGUAUUUUGAUGCAGUGUUCAGGUUCAAAUCUUUUGGACUGUGAGACUUUCAUGAUUUAGUUAGUUCGUCUAAUAAAAAGUUAUCCAUGCAGAA